CAGGAGCGGCAGGGGGAGUCCGGGGGUAACAGAGCGCUACGGUGGGCACACUCCGCUGUGGAUUCGCGCGCUGCACCGCCCUGCGUCUUUCUGCACGCUCUGCUCGAGAUCACCCAACCCCCCACCCCCCACCCCCGUUACACGGGGGAGAGAGAGAGAGAGAGGAGAGAGGAGAACAGAAGGAGGGAUAAGGAACAAUGCUGACGCUUCUGACCGCGAUGUACCUGGUUGUCCGGGCGGCUUCAGCACAGGCUGAGCCCAUCCGUGUGCUGGUGACCGGCGCUGCCGGCCAGAUUGCCUACUCUCUGCUGUACAGCAUCGCCAAAGGAGAUGUGUUCGGCAAGGACCAGCCAAUCAUCUUGGUGCUUUUGGACAUCCCGCCCAUGCUGCCCGUCCUGGAUGGGGUCGUCAUGGAGCUGCAGGACUGCGCUCUCCCACUGCUCAGAGAGGUGAUCCCCACCGAUAAAGUGGAGGUGGCCUUCAAGGACCUGGACGCUGCCAUCCUGGUGGGCUCCAUGCCCAGGAAGGAGGGGAUGGAGAGGAAGGACCUGCUGAAGGCCAACGUAGCCAUCUUCAAAACACAGGGAGCCGCACUGGACAAGUAUGCCAAGAAGACUGUCAAGGUUCUUGUGGUAGGAAACCCGGCCAACACAAACUGUCUGAUCGCUUCCAAGUCUGCUCCGUCCAUCCCUAAAGAGAACUUCUCCUGCCUGACUCGGCUGGACCACAACAGAGCCCGCUCACAGGUGGCGAUCCGUGUUGGCGUGUCCUCUGACAAGGUGAAGAAUGUGAUCAUCUGGGGAAACCAUUCGUCCACGCAGUACCCGGAUGUCCACCACGCCAUGGUCGACCUGCAUGGCAAGGAGGUGGCGGCCUUCGACGCUGUGAAGGACGACACCUGGCUGAAGGGAGACUUCAUCUCAACGGUGCAGCAGCGUGGGGCUGCUGUGAUCAAAGCCAGGAAGUUGUCCAGCGCCAUGUCCGCCGCCAAGGCCAUCUGUGACCACAUGCGGGACAUUUGGUUCGGGACCCUUGAUGGUGAGUUUGUGUCCAUGGGUGUCUACUCCACUGGGAACUCCUACGGUGUUCCUGAUGACCUCAUGUACUCAUUCCCUGUCAUGAUCAAGAACAAGUCCUGGAAGGUGGUGGAUGGUCUGCCGAUUAACGACUUCUCUCGUGGCAAAAUGGACGCCACGGCAGCGGAGCUGAUCGAGGAGAGAGACACGGCGCUGUCCUUCCUCGGAGUCUGACUAGACGUAUCCACGGCGACGGGGCAGCACCAAGACCCUUCUAACCCACCCCACUCACAACUGUAAAACUCAGACCAACUCCAGCGCUGCCCGUAAGAGAGAGAGGGAGAGUGUCUCUAAGUGUGUGUGUGUGUGUGCGUGUGUGUGUGUGUGUGCGUGUGUGUGUGUGUGUGUGUGCGCGCUCGCAUCAUUUCACAACUGUGAGGGUCUGUGUUAAAGUAGCGAAUGCGCUGGGUCUCACAGGACAACACCUAGAGGAGAAGCUUUUCAGGAACGGGAGCGCACAUUGUCCUGAGCGAUGUAACAAUACUUGUUGUCUUAUCAAUAAAAGACAAGACUUA